AGCCAACAUCGGUCUGGGUGGGCCUGCAACAUGUCUUCCGGUGGUGGGGGGUAGUCGUGCCAUGAAUAUCCUGCCACCCACGCACUGCGGUUCCAGGGCUCUCGGUCCGAGGGGCCGCCCUGGGUCACUGCCCUCUGCCUUCUGACACGCUUUUUUCACCAGCCCUGUUAGCAAAGGCUCAGCUUACAGCAGUUUGUAACUAAACCCAGGAGCCUCACUGUCUAACCACGGCUCCCCCCCCCCACAUUCCUCAUGCCAUGACUGAGUACAGUUUUUGAGCAAGUGGGUCUUUUUAAAAAAUAUAUAAGACGUCAGCGAUCUGUCCAAACACGUUUCCAUAUGCUUCUUGUCAGUCAAACCAGGACAAUGGAUCCACAUUUAAGGUGAAUAGUUUUAUUUGUCGGAUUCAAAACGCUCCCGAUAGUCCCGCUAGAGGUCAUCAUUCACCAACCCCGCGCCGGGAGCUCCGCCGGCGGCGCGCCGCGGGGAUGCGCGCGCGCACACGGGACUUGUAUGAAACUUCUACGUUGCCCUAGGCUAAGAUCAUAAGGGUUUGAUAGCACUGGGUUUACGUGGAGGCAAAGGAUAGAGAGGCAGCAGCGAGCAGCACCGCCGGCCCGGUUCCUUUUACCGAACUACAAUGGAUGAUCUCGACGCCCUGCUGGCGGACCUGGAGUCCACCACGUCUCACAUCUCCAAGCGGCCCACGCUGCUGACUGAGGAAACACCAUACUCCUUCCUCCCAAGAGGCCAACUGGAGCAGGAGGACCCCUCCCUGGCCCCAGAGCCCCCGCUGCCCUCCGCUGCCUCCCUGAACGGUGACUCACUGGACCCCCCCAACUCACAACACUCCUCUCAGCAGUCCCCUGCUUCAGCCCAGAAAAGGUCUCAGGACAGUAGCAGCUCGCCUCCCUGUCAUACUGAAGAGGAUCACGUCUACAGCUUUCCCAACAAGCAGAAGAGCCACGAGGCUCCAUCAGCCAUGAACUCCACCGUGGGCAGCAACCUGACUGAGCUCGACCGACUGCUGCUAGAGCUGAACGCCGUGCAGCAGAGCACGCCUUGCUUCCCCACCACAGAAGAGGCCCCACCCCCUUUGCCAUCCAUCAGCACCACCUACUACAUUCAGGAGAACGGAGGCUCCACCCCUGUAAAGUCAGCCCCACCCACCACAGAGAAAUCCGGGCACAACGGGGCCCGCAGCGUCGAUGAAGUACGGCCCAGUGUGGAGAGCCUCCUGGAUGAGCUGGAGAGCUCCGUGCCCAGUCCCACGCCCGGAACCCUGGAGGUGCGGGGCGAGCCCCCAGACGACGGCUAUGAGACCCCCGCCCAGCAGCAAGCUCGGAUCUCCGCCUCGUCUGCCACGCGGGAGCUGGACGAGCUCAUGGCCUGUCUGUCCGACUUCAAGAUCAUGACCCAGGGGAAAGGUGCAGGAUCCCCAUCCGGCAGCGUGGGGCCCCCCCCCAAAGAGGUGAACAAGCUGGACAACAUGCUGGGCAGCCUGCAGUCAGACCUGAACCGGCUGGGCGUGCGGACUCUAGCCAAGGGCGUGUGUGGGGCCUGCAGCAAACCCAUUGCCGGCCAGGUUGUCACGGCGAUGGGCAGGACAUGGCACCCAGAGCACUUCGUGUGCACGCACUGCCAGGAGGAGAUUGGCUCUCGCAAUUUCUUUGAGCGUGAGGGGCAGCCGUACUGCGAGAGGGACUACCACUCCCUGUUCUCGCCCCGCUGCUACUACUGCAACGGCCCCAUCCUGGAUAAAGUGGUAACGGCUCUGGAGAAGACCUGGCACCCCGAGCACUUCUUCUGUGCUCAGUGUGGAGCCUUCUUUGGCCCGGAGGGCUUUCACGAGAAGGACGGCAAGGCAUACUGCAGGAAGGAUUACUUUGACAUGUUUGCCCCCAAGUGUGGGGGCUGCGCUCGAGCCAUCCUGGAGAACUACAUCUCUGCCCUGAACGCACUCUGGCACCCGGAAUGCUUUGUGUGCAGGGAGUGCUUCACGCCCUUUGUGAAUGGCAGCUUCUUCGAGCACGAGGGCCAGCCGUACUGUGAGUCGCAUUACCACGAGCGACGCGGUUCGCUGUGCUCCGGCUGCCAGAAGCCAAUCACGGGCCGCUGCAUCACCGCCAUGGGCAGGAAGUUCCACCCCGAGCACUUCGUCUGCGCCUUCUGCCUCAAGCAGCUCAACAAAGGCACCUUCAAGGAGCAGAACGACAAGCCCUACUGUCAGACCUGCUUUAACAAGCUCUUCAGUUAGAGGGCAGGGAAUCGGGUGGAUGAGUGUGCGUGUGUGUGUGUGUGCCGGCGUGACCCUCUGCAGUGGGCGAGCUGGGGUUACUGUUCAGCAUGGGGGGAGCAGGUUUUGUGUUGUCUUGAAAUGUGAGCGCCCUCUACUGGGGAGGGGGGACUGCUCAGAUCCAGUGGGAUGGGAGAUGUUCCAAAGAUCAGGAAUUGAGUAAUUACCAAGAUAACUUGGUUUGCUUUGGAAUGUAAUGGAGAUGAGACAGGCCAGGUGUAGCAGACAGAUGUGGAAAUGCAUCGCACUGGCUUUGCGCGCCUGGUGCUCUCUGCUCACUGGUUGAGUGUGUAUUUUGGGCACUGACAGAGGUGUUUUAAAUGUUUUGCUCAGAUAAGUUGGACAAAUUAAGUUCUCUAACUGUCUAUGUGGGACUCUGUAGCCCUGUGAUUUUCUGCGAUAUGAUUUAACACUGUCAGCUGGGCCAGUGGGAGCCCUUUAGAAAGCUUCUCAUUGCAUUGUUGGCUUUUGGGAAGAGAGAAAACAAAUGUAGCUAAAAUGAGAUUUGAUGGCCUUGGGGCAGCGGGACACUGAUUGUGUGUAUUUCUGUACCGUCAAAGUUCACACUCAAACUGGGUGGAAGCUGCCCACCUUAUAGAUGAUGUUGCAACUUCCAGAAGCUCUUCUGAAACUCUUGUUAGUUCUGUCUUUCCAACUGGCCACAUGGUUUGGUCAAUAUGUAAAGGUUAUUCUUUUCUAAAAUUUUACAACAGAAUUUAUACGAAAGAGAAUUAAGUGUAAAAGUAUUCAGAUCCAGAUUCUCAGACACAGGCAGGACUACUUGUGUUUUUUCCAGGUGCCAUACUUUUAAUUCUUUUGGACGUAGAGCACAAGGUCCAUGUUACUUCUUCACUGAAAUCAUAGCAAUAAAAAAGCACGCUUACUGUCAGCACACCCUCCUCACCAGGGCUGUCUGAAUCUCCCUGAAAGCGAGGAGGGCCUAGGUGUCCCCCUUCUACUUUAUGCUUCCUUUAACAAACUCAUUUGAGCCCUGAGGUCUCAUACCAGUGAAUAAUGUGAAUAUUUAAUAGGGUGGAGUGGGUGCCAUGUCUGUGAUUCGGGAAACAACUUAUCAAAACACAAUCAGUCAGCUUCCGAAGACUACAGUAAGUUCAGCAUAGAGACCGAUCAGAUAUAACAUUAUAUUUUGUGUUAAUACACAUUUUGGAGAACUUUAUAAAAUGCUGUUUUUAUAUAUUCUUGAUGUUCUAUACAUAAUGCAGAACCGAAAUAUAUUAGCUACAGGUGUAAUUUAUGUUUAAUGGAGAACCACUCUUGUGAAUUGGAACCUCGAUUUCACCAACUGUAGAAACAAGUUGCCGUGGAGAUGGCUGUUAUGUCACUGCACUGUCUCUCCCAUGAUUCUCUGUUUUGUUGUGGGUAAAUAGAAUAUUUUGUUUUCUAUCUUGCUCUCCAUCUGCUAACACAAGACCAUCCCUGAGCAAUACUGCUGUUUCUUUUUAAUUACAGUUUUUCUUACUUGUUUAAUGUUGUAAACAAUCUCUGUAUGCUUCAUUUGCCGAGAAUUUUAUGAAGUCUUAAACAUUCAUUCAGGCUUUUAAAUUCCUUUUAAAACAUAAUAAUGGUUGGAGUAUAAUUCAGUCAUAUUCAUUAAAAAAAACCUAUUAAAGGUAUUAAAAAUUAAGUAAGGUAUGUAUCCUAAACCUUUCUUGAAGGCCAUCUGAAGGUCACACAGAAAUAUCCUGCAGACAGUGGAUAAUAUUCAGGUAAAAGCAUAGUGGAAGGGAACUUGAAUCUCUAUUUAUACUUUAACUGUUUUUCUAUAUUCGAAGUUGACAAUUGAUACAUUUGAAAUUGCAAUUUCAUAUUAGAAAAAUGGAAACACUCCCCAUUUGAAGUGACUGGCUGACUUGGAGCAUUUUAAUGUGUUUUUUAUACUAAACCAGGCUGGAAACAUAAAUCACUGACAGAUUUAGUGCUGUGAAGAAAAGCCAUUACCUAUUUGUAAGUAGCUAAAUACGCAGUCGUGCCAAAGUUUCAAUGCAAUGUCUAUUACACUGUGUGCAGCUGGCGAGCUGGGCUGCCAGAUUCCUGCUGCAAGCGGAUUGGUCAGGCCAUCACGAUGUCAUCAGCAGAAGAGGCCAGUGAUUGGCAGCUUUCCAUUUGGGUCUGUUAAUCCACUGGAAAGCGUGGAGCGGGAGUAGCUUCAAAAGGAUGGGCUGCAUCUUUAAGGCACUCACGGUGGGCCCUCAGCAGCCUCUUCCACUGUAUCAAUGCAGACGGGCAUACUGGCACAUCUGGCCGGCCAGCGUGAAUCCGACGUGUCCGACAUUCAUCGCCAUGCCGGAAAGAGCCUGUGGAGGGUCUCAGGCCACACCUGCAUUUUUCCUGAGUGGCUGAGGGAAGAUGCAGUGUGCCAGGGAGCAUCAGCCUGGGUGCAAAGACGGCAGUCUUUUAUACUGGCCAGCUAGUGAAGGUUUCCAGCUUAAUGUUCCUGCACUGGAGGCAGCCCACCCUAUUGAAGCUACUCCUGCUCCAUGCCUUCCAGAGGUAAAAAAGGUUCUCUAGCUUUAUUUUAUGAAACCAGAUAUUUUGGGACUGAUUUAUUUUUUUCCCCUUUUACACUUCCUAUGAUUUCUGGAAUCUAUUUAAAACCUCACCUUUAAACUUGUAUGAAUUACUCAGAUUAUCUUGAUUUUUUUCCUUUAUCUUGCUUAUCAGGCCAAAAGUAAGAGCCUUUUUAAAAGACAUUCAGUCUGUCAAUUGCGAUCACUGACUCAUUUCAUUUUCUGUGAUUAACUCAAUAAAAACAAGCUUUUUGGUACAA